AUGCCUCCUGCUUUGGAUUGUGACCCGAACAACAGUACCCCAAUGCCUCCUCCAACUCGGCGAUGGGCCUGUCCGGCUCCUUCGUGCGGAACAACGUUCAGUCGUCAUGCCGAUCUGUUGAGACACGAACGUAACACACACCGAGAAUCAAAGCUGUUCUGCAAUUUCAAAGGUUGCAAUUUCAAAGGAGCAGGACGGCCAGAAGUUCUGAGGAAACAUCUCCUUGCUAGACAUAGAGAAUUCUAUCUCCCAGAGAUCAGCACCCGUUACAAAAACGGUAGUGAUUGCAAGGAUACGGAGUUCGGAAGCCUGUCGCCCUCUCCUGAGCUGUACAGGUCGUCCAGCCUUCACAUCCCCGAGCCUCAAUAUCCUCCAAUUCCGAGUCUUGUCAGCUCAGCUCAGCUCAUAGAAGAGUGUUGGAACGACCCGAUGAUCCUACAGCAGAUCUACACCACGCUUAAAAGCUUAGAGAGUUCAGAUCCCGGCUCUGACGGAACAAUGUCGCACGAUGCUUCUGUGGCUCCAAGUCCAAGUAUAGUGGAUCGAGUCUGGACCGGAGCUGCAUACGAGCCUUUCGGCACAACCGAAGUCCAGUUUCCACCACGUUCGUCAGUGAAAGACGAGCCACCGAAGCCCGCUGUCGUUCCUUCCAAACAGUACUCCUUAGCCGAGGGCCCAGAAUCGAGCUGCAUGUGA